AUGCCUCAAGCAGUCAUUGUCCACGACGUGCUGGGCACUCUCUUCAGGUAUGUGGCUGCCUCAUGUACUUCACGACGGCAGGCCCGAGAGACUCCAGCUGAUGCUUUGCGGUCUUUGAUGGCAUCCGAGCAGCCUAGACGAACCGAUUUCGGCGCUUCGUCAGGCCUUCUCCGAUCAAUUGUCUUCGCAGCCAGACAUUGUGCCGGAGCUCAUCAUCAUGGAUUGGUAUCACGCUGCGCAACGUGACUUUCUCAAUCUAAGCAUCAACAACGCAUACAUGCCAAUCUCCGAAGUUUUCAAGAGCACUCUUCCGAGGAUACUGCUUCAAGCUGGCUUGAGACCAACAGAUGCGGCAGUGCAGAAAGCAGCAGCAAGCGAUGCCGCGAACGCAUUGCGUCGAGGCGGGGCUCUGCAGGGUCCAGGACCUAAUGGAGAUGUCAAAGGCUUUGACGAUGAAGUGUCUCAGAUCAUGUCAUCACUGCAACGCUUGACACCCAGACCCGGCAUGCUCGAGGCUUGGAAGCGGUACGAGGCCGCACACGCAGAAGUGUGGGGCGCAACAAACGGCGGUCUCGCACUUGCUUACAAACUCUUCGAAGGCGCUCUCGGGCAGGGUUGCAUCCAAAAGCAGCAGAAAGACCGAGGCACGGCUUUGUUUUCGUGCGACGAAAUCGAAGUGGCUAAGCCGGAUGCUAGGGUGUACGAGGCGGUGAGACAGAGAGCGACGCAAGGCAGACAGCCGCAAAGCAUCGACCUCUGGUUUGUAGCCACGCAUACAUGGGUACGUGAGAGGUAGCAGAAGGGCCACCUCGCUCUAGUCGAAGCUCUACUCAUCCGAUCCGCUUCCUCGCAGGAUCUCUUUGCGGCCAAGAAAGCAGGGUGAGACUGCUCUGCUGAAUCGCGAGGAUACGCACCGCUUGCAAGUCUUGCUCACACGGCCUUGCCCUUCGAUGUCAGUUUCAAAACAGCAUGGGUUUGGAACGAAGAGUUCCACGCGAGCUCAGCGAUUUAUGGAGAGCCAGACAUCAUUGCCUCGAAUCUUGACGAUGCAGCGAAGCAGAUUCUGGAGCGCGCGCUGCGUACCUGA